AUGUUACAUCUGGAACACUCUUGCUUGUUUUUCAGGAGCUGGCUGGCUCUGACAGUCAGCGUGCUUCUGGAUUGGAAGCCCUCAGCUUGCCGCAGUCUCUCUGGGUCCCGUCCAAAUAUCCUCCUUCUGAUGGCAGACGAUCUCGGCAUCGGGGAUGUCGGCUGCUAUGGCAACGACACCGUAAGGACUCCGAACAUUGACCGCCUUGCCGCGGAUGGCGUGAUGCUCACCCAGCACAUCGCUGCUGCUUCUGUGUGCACACCAAGCAGAGCUGCUUUCCUAACAGGCAGAUACCCUCUCCGAACAGGUAUGGUGUCCAGUAAUGGUUACCGUGUUCUUCAGUGGACGGGCGUAUCUGGAGGACUUCCACCAAAUGAAACAACUUUUGCAAAAAUAUUGAAAGAUAAAGGCUAUGCCACUGGACUCAUAGGAAAAUGGCAUCUGGGUCUCAACUGUGAAUCCUCCGAUGAUUACUGCCACCACCCGCUCAGCCAUGGCUUUGACCAUUUCUACGGAAUGCCGUUUUCCAUGAUGGGAGACUGUGAGUCCUGGGAAAUGUCUGAAAAGCGUGCAGGCUUGGAGCAUAAACUCAACGUCUGCUCGCAUGUCAUGGCGUUGGCCGCCUUUACACUCACCGUUGGGAAACUCACCCGCCUGGUAGCGGGCUCCUGGGCUCUGGUCAUCUGCUCAGCCAUCGUGGCCCUGUUAUGCUUCACAACCUCCUAUUUCAUGGGUGCCCUGAUUGUUCACGCCGACUGCUUUCUGAUGCGAAAUCACUCCAUCACCGAGCAACCUAUGCGCCUUCAAAGGACGACGGCUCUUAUGCUCAAGGAGGUCUCAUCCUUUGUCAAAAGAAACAAGCAAGGACCCUUCCUCCUCUUCGUGUCCUUUCUACAUGUCCACACCCCUCUCAUCACUACCGAGAACUUCCGAGGGAGGAGUCCCCAUGGGCUGUACGGGGACAACACAGAAGAGAUGGAUUGGAUGGUGGGGCAGAUCCUUGAUACUUUGGACACGGAAGGUUUGACUAAUAGUACCCUCGUUUAUUUUACGUCGGAUCAUGGGGGAUCCUUAGAGGCUCAGUUUGGAAACAAUCAAUAUGGUGGCUGGAAUGGGAUAUAUAAAGGUGGCAAAGGCAUGGGCGGCUGGGAAGGUGGGAUCCGGGUCCCAGGGAUACUCCGGUGGCCCGGGGUGCUGCCCGCUGGCCGCCUGAUCCACGAGCCCACCAGCCUGAUGGAUGUCUUCCCCACCGUGGUCCAGCUGGGGGGUGGCCAGGUGCCCCAUGACAGGGUCAUUGACGGCCGGGACCUUCUGCCCUUGCUCCUGGGGACAGCCCAGCACUCGGAGCACGAGUUCCUGAUGCAUUACUGCGAGAGCUUCCUGCACGCAGCCCGGUGGCACCAACGGAACAGAGGGGCAGUGUGGAAAGUCCACUACGUGACCCCGAUAUUCCACCCAGAUGGAGCCAGUGCCUGCUACGGGAGAGGGGUCUGCCCAUGCUUUGGGGACAAAGUAGCCCACCAUGACCCACCGUUGCUGUUUGACCUCUCAAGAGACCCUUCCGAGGCUCACGCCCUCACGCCAGACACAGAGUCCUCAUUCCAUCAGGUGAUGGAGAGAAUCACAAAGGCCGUGGAGGACCAUCGCCGGACGCUCAGCCCGGUUCCACUGCAGCUGGACAUGCCGGACAACAUCUGGAAGCCGUGGCUCCAGCCCUGCUGUGGUCGGUUCCCCCUCUGCUGGUGUGAUCGGGAAGCUGACCCACAAUAG